AUGACGACUAUGAACCUAUCGUUUGUGAUAUGGUGCGAUGGCCGUAUGGUAAGCUCUCCGGCUGGAGUAGAAUACCAGGGCGGCCGUCGGGUGGAUAUGCCAAUUAUUGAUAGGAUGAAUUUUGAAGAAUUGAGAAAUAUUUGUAUAAGGGCAGUCGCUACGGACUCGGAAGUGGAGAUUACAAAAAUCUACUUUCGGCUUCCAAAAAUUGAAAGUGGUCGUAUUGUCUCCUACUCGUUGUACUCAGUGGAAAACAACGAGCAUAUUUUUGGAAUUUUGAGAGAGACGAUGCGGUACCGAGCGCUUGAUACUUUAGAAUUUUACUUGGUUCUGAGUGAAUCAAGUGGGUCGGAGAUAGGGAGUGAUGAAGAUGAAGAUGAUGAAGAGGAUUUUUUUGGUUGCGAGGAAGAGGCAGAAGAGCAAGAGGAUUGCAAUGAUCAUGAUUCUGGAGAAGACAAAUCUGAUGAGAACCUUAUGUGGAAUCCUGGGAUGGAGUUCCAACUUGGGAUGAUCUUCCCAAAUCGUGCUUCUGUUCAGGCAUGUGCUACUGCUUAUUCUGUUGAGAAUGGGAGGGAGCACAAAAGUCGCCAGACAACCAACUAUACUGUUGUGUUUGCAUGUAGGUAUAAUCCUAUUUGCAAAUGGUGGCUGCGUGCAACUCUGCUUCAAGCAACUCAUACGUGGACAUGCACAAAAUAUAUCGGGCCGCAUACGUGCAAUGAGCUGGUGCCAAAUGCUAAUCAUAGAAAUUUUGGGGCACGAGAAAUUGCGAAAUACGUGCGGAGGGGAAGUGAUGGAGCAGCGUGA